UAUACGCAUGCGUUCGUUUUCAUCCAAACGCAGUGACUUCGCAAAACGCGGUGACUUUGUCUUCUUCGUCUUCGUCCCACAAAUCCCAAAUCGUGUGACUUCGAAAUCCCAAAUCGUCGCCACCUCUCUUCCUCUCUCUCUCGGUGUUUCCGAUUCAGGUUCGUUCACAAUUCGGUGUUUCAGAUUCAGCUCUGAUUUCACCUUCAAGCUGCAGAUUCAUUCUUCCUCAUCAACCUUCAAGCUUCAGAUUCAUUCUCUGAUUUCACCUUCGUUCACCCUUCUCCUCAAAUUCGUUCCACCUUCAGCUUCAAUCUUCAUAAUUCAGGCUGAGAAGAUUGGAUUGGAAUCCAUGGAUGUAGAAGCCUUGAAGAAGCUCAACAAAAACAAGAAGUUGGUGAAGAAACUCGCCAAAAAAUAUCAGGCUUUCUUAGCAUCUGAGGCUGUCAUUAAGCAGAUUCCUCGGCUUUUGGGUCCUGGACUCAAUAAGGCAGGAAAGUUCCCAACUCUUGUUUCUCACCAGGAAUCUCUCGAAGGAAAGGUUAAUGAGACCAUGCUCUUCAUGGGAGUAGCCGUUGGUAAAGCUAGCAUGGAGAGCUUUAUCAUUCCAAGAGAGUCAAAUUCUAUCUGUCUGAUAAUUCACAUGAGAAUAAUAAAAUGCUGAAAAAUUGAAUGACAAAAGGUGUUCGUCAUGGAGAGCUUGUUGUCAGUUCUCGAAGCCCUAUAUAAUGACCGAUGGGAAAGGCUAGGAGUGCUGGCCAGAGUGCUGACCAGGAGGAGGAUGAUGAAACUCUACUGCUUGUAGAGUAUGUGUAAAAUGUAGAUAUAUGUUGGUGUUCUUUCAUUUCUUUGUUUUUUCUUUUGUUCCGGGGGGCAAUAUACAGUGCUAAUGAUAGCCCUUCCGAUGAUAAAUUUUUGUAUAAGACUAUUGCAAUUUUAGCCAUAUGAAUAAAGUAUUCCUUUCUGUGUAGACUCACAUUGUCUUGAAUCAUGUUAGUGUAUAAUGUUUUUAGUGUUAA